UUUUUACUCUGAAGUGAUUUAAAGAUAUAUGUAGAGUUUUUAUGAAGCAGUACAAACAUGACGGAAAAUAAAUCUUCACUUGUGACAUGUCGGGAAUUAAAGUCAUCAUAAACUCACAUAAAACAGGGAAAAUAAAUUAAAAAAAAGAGAAAGAAAAUGCUUAAACAACAAAUACAAAUGAGGUGCCACAUCUUGCAAGAAUACGAACAUUAUAUUGGUAAUUCCAGAAGGACAUAAAAUAUUUUAUAGUCUAGAAUGUAAAAUUUGAUAUAUUUAAAAGUGAUUUACGGAUAAUGUGGGUGAGUAUUUCUGAGAAAUCUUACUGGAAAUCGGUGACAAGUAUGUGCUUCAAACAGAUGGAAUAAUAUAUGUGUACUGGUCAGUGAGCUAAAUACAAAAACUGUAACUACCAGUUUCCAGGAUUUGUGUCCAGAAACCAUAUAUCAACAAAUGAGUUUGAAGCUGGUAUCCAUUUUUAAAAAAGUCGCUUAUAAAUAAGCAACAUCGUGUGAUAAGAAAAUUCCAGCAUUUUUUUCUGCUGUAGAUAUAUUACAAGUAACCUUAUUACGGUAAAUAAUUGAGAUCAAGGAGUGCAAAUUGGUCGAUUCAACAGUUAAAAUGUUGAAAUCGACCGUGUGAUAAUUGAGAUUUAUAUAAAUUCCAAUGGAUUAAUUAAAGGAUUAAAUAAGGAGUGCCCCUUGACCACGUGACCAUGAAGAAGGGUCUCCUGGCACCGCAGAAUACGUUUCUGGAUACUAUAGCAACCAGAUUCGAUGGAACUCACAGCAACUUUGUGCUGGGGAAUGCGCAAGCAACCGGAUGUCCGGUAGUAUAUUGCUCAGACGGGUUUGUCGAAUUGACGGGCUUCCAACGUUCUCAGGUGAUGGGCCGAAGCUGCACCUGCAAGUUCCUGUUUGGGGAAGGGACUGCGGCGGCGGAGAGAGAGAAGAUUGAAGAGGCGCUGGAAAGCAAACACGAGCUCAAAACAGAACUGUCCAUGUACAAGAAGGAAGGCUGCCCAUUUAAGUGCUUGCUUGACAUCGUGCCAAUUAAGAACGAGAAAUCCCAGGUGGUGCUCAUCCUCGUUUCCUACAAGGAUAUUGGCGAGAAGAUCAAAGAUGAUAGCGACGCCGAUGAUGACAAAUCUAGCAGCGACCUUGACAGUGAUGAGGAAAUGGCAGAGGCGUACCGCCGAUGCCAAGCUCGACAGGGCCGCGCCCCGGCUGCACUUCCAGGGACUGCGGGAUAUAACAAUCAGCGUAGGAGGAGCCGUGCGGUGCUCUACCAUUUAUCAGGGCAAUUUGAAAAACACAACAGAGCCAAUCGAGCGAAGACCAAACUCCAACAACUAAAUAAGUUCAGCUCAAUAUCUGGCAAGAUGCCAGAAUACAAGGUCCAAGAAAUCAAGAAGUCAAAGUUUAUACUGGUGCAUUAUGGGAUCUUCAAGAUCGGCUGGGACUGGCUGAUUCUGUUGUGCACGUUCUACACUGCUAUUUUAGUUCCAUAUAAUGCGGCCUUCACUCGUUCGGACAAGAAGAACGAGCGGGAAUCCAUAUACUCUGAUGUUGUUGUAGAGAUAUUAUUCAUGAUGGACAUACUGUUUAACUUCCGCACCUCGUUUGUCAACAAAAGUGGUCAGGUUGUCUAUGUGGCUCGUCUGAUCGCACUCAACUACAUCAAGGGCUGGUUUGUCCUUGACCUUCUAGCUGCCAUUCCAUUUGACUUCCUAUAUAUAUUCAAAAUUAAUGCGGAAGCCCCUGUUCAUUUGCUCAAAGUCGCUCGGUUAAUCCGGCUUGCGCGCCUUCUCCAAAAGAUUGACCGCUUUUCCCAAUAUAGUGCCCUGGUGCUGGCCCUUCUCAUGAGCAUGUUUGCCCUAGUUGCGCAUUGGAUGGCCUGCAUCUGGUACGCCAUUGGUCACGCCGAGUUUGAGGCACGCAUGACUUCAAGCUGGUUAUUUGAACUAAAGGAAAGACUUGACCUCGACAUUGGGACGGUUCCGAUUGGAAACCUGAGCACGAAUGCCACGGUUGAAAUCACAAAACCAGAUAUUUUUACCAGCUAUCUUUCUGCCCUCUAUUUCACUUGUACCAGUCUUACUAGUGUCGGAUUUGGCAACGUUUCCGCCAACACAAACAACGAGAAAAUAUUCUCCAUCAUUGCAAUGCUAAUUGGAGCGCUAAUGCACGCUGUCGUGUUCGGUAACGUGACGGCUUUGAUCCAAAGAAUGUACCAGCGACGAACAAACUACCAUUCCAAAACCAAGGACCUAAAAGACUUUUUCCGGGCCUAUGAUAUUCCAAAGCCCCUUAAGCAGCGAAUGCAAGAGUACUUCCAAACCAUGUGGUCUAUGAACAACGGCAUAGAGACGGACGAGAUUUUAAAAGACUUCCCGGAGGAAAUGAAAGGCGAACUAGGUCUGCACCUUCAUAAAGACAUUCUCAACCUUCCUAUCUUUGAAGAGGCGACCCAGGGGUGUCUCAAAUCCAUCGCCCUUCAUACUCGCCGCUCGUUUUGUGCUCCUGGAGAAUUUCUUGUCCACAAAGGAGACACCGCAAGCUACCUUUAUCUGCUUGUAAGUGGCUCCAUGGAAGUCUUGAAGAGCGAUAUGGUAGUAGCUAUUCUUGGCAAAGGUGACCUAUUUGGUGCAGAUAUCGACUUUGAGGAUCCAAUCAGUGUUUGUAACUACGACGUCCGCUCUCUCACUUACAGCGAGCUUCAGUCAAUCAGCAUUAAAGGGUUAAACGACGUUCUGCUUUUGUACCCCGAUUUUGCCGAGAAGUUUGCGAAAGACAUUCACAACGAUUUGACCUACAAUCUCCGUCAAGACGCUGAAGAUUCAGAUGAAGAAACUGCAAGCAGCCCCAAAGCUCGCGUUUGCACGUUACCCUCAAUCUCCGAAGACGACGAAAUCUCGCGAUCUGACGACGAUGACGCCGACGACUCCAAACCCAACGGCGGCGGACUGAGCUCCGUGAGCACGUUCCCGUUGGAGCGUGAAGAAGACGACAUCGAUACGAGCGUCGGCAACGCGUCUGUCGGCUCCCCGCUGCUUCCAGCGCCGUCAACGCCGAGACUUGCCCAGAAAUUGAUACCGAACGGAGAUAUUCAGAUGGAGGCUGUUGGCAGCCCUCCUACUCUUCGACCCUGGGGCAUACGGCGCACGUCGGGCUUCAUAAACCGAUCGUCGUUCAAAGAACGGAAGGUCCGACUAACUGGUGGAGUCCAGUCAGAAACGACAGACAAGAUCAUUCCACACAUUCAGAAUCUGCAAAACGAAAUGGAAGGCACCAAGACAACUGUGUCAAAACUAGAGCGAAAGGUCACGAAGAUAGGUCAAGACAUUUGUGCCAUCGAUAGAAACUUACGUGAAAUCCUUAAGCAUAUAACUAACGUUAGUAAAAUGGCGCCUUUGGAAUCAUUGCAGCCAAUAACUCCAGUGACACCAUGUAAUCCUAUGAAAUCGAAAUUCAACUUUGAUUUCACGGAAAUGACACUGAACGAUCCCAAAACCUUCAACGAGUUAGAACGUGAUGCAGAUUCACCUAAUUCGAUGCCUCUGACAGAUGUAAGUGCUGCCUCAGAAGGUGACAGAUUUGACACAAAUGUUACGAACAAUGGCCCAGUACAUUCCCUCCAGUUUAUGUCACCACAAAGCAGUAUUCCGCCUCACUUUGACAAGACAAAAAGGCGGAGUAGUUUGCAAGUACCGUUAUUAUUAAAUCCGCACGAUUUGGUCAAUAGAAGAUUCAGCGAUGGAACGGAGGAAAAGGACAGGAAAUUGUUGACUUCCAUCAGCGUCUCGAAAAGUGAUAAUAAUUUUACAAACAAAGGUGCAAAUAGUGAUUUUAUUAAACAUAGAUUUACUGCGCCAAGUAAAUUAUGUAAUGCAAUUGCUUCCCCAAAUGGUUCUCAGAAGGAAUACGAUGAAACUGAUAGUUUGAUAGAGAAUCAAAGCCUUGAGUUUAUGAAUAGUUUAGAGGACGUUCAUUCUUCGGAUUGUAAGUCUCCGCUGAUUGGUCGACCAAAAUCUUGUGACACACAGAUUGCACAUGGUUUAAACAAGUUUAAAUUUAAUAAGAGUUGCGAUGAUGACUUGCACCGAGCAACUGUUCCUUCCGUUAAUAUUAACUCACAAAAUGGCGAACAUGACACCAAAAGCGGAACAACAAAUAGAUCGAGAGAUCCGAGCAAUAAAACGAAGAAGCACGGCUCAUAUAGAAAUCUUGUGAGUAGUAAAAGCUGCUUUGAGAUUCGCCAACGACAGAACAAACCACAAAAGCCUAAUGCAUUUGUGAAAACACGAAGUCAGGUGUUUCUCGAAACUGAAUUUGGAGCAAAGACUCCUAAUGAAGUGCGUACGGUGUUCACUGACAAAAAGCCGCUUAGUCGGACAGAUUCUCAGCCAAUGGAAAGAAAUAGUUUUAAACGUGCCACCUUUUUGGGGGGCUGUAUUGAGGUCACAGACAGCGAUUGUGGAGUCAACGGAUCAGCGGUAAGGAACUGUGUUGAAGAAGAGAAACCAAAAUGCCAUUCCAAAUACAUUGUAAAUGACCUUCAUGCUUCAUUUCGUCAGAAUGUGAUUGACAACGAUAUUGCCAACACUGAUAGUUUGGAAAACCUUAAAACAGAUUCUGGAAAUGUAAGUCUUCUUGAAACGCAGGACGAAAAAGACGAACAAAUUGGGAAUUUUGCAACAGUCAUAAGAGGCUAUUCAGAACACUUCAGUAAGCAACACAGCCUUGGAAACGUUCCUGAUAAACAGUCGUUGCAUAAUUCCCACGGAUUUCAAGCAAAGCAAAAAAGUCAUAGUGUUUCACCUGAUUCGCCAACAGAUAUAAGUGAAAGUCUUAAAACUGAUGAGAUUAAUACCAUAGGCAAUGAGGACGAUACUGUUUUAGAAAUUGAAAGCGAUUCUGCUACAAGCGGCGAGUUCUUUACACAAAUGCUUGAUAACGCUACUUUGAGAACAACAAACUUGUAG